AUGUCUCCCGUGCACGUCUACUACACAAACUCAGGAAACGACGUCCAACUAAUGCUCAUCAAUAGGUUCAAGGCAUGCGCAAACUGCAAGUCUUUCGCAGCAAUACAGAAACGGGCAGCAUGUCUCACCAGCGGAGCUUUCAAGACCACGGCAGCAGAGGCACUGAACGUCGAGCUUCACCUACCACCUAUCUCUGUUCACAUGAACCGAUUAGUGAAAGAAACAGCUUGCGACUACGAACAGGGCCGGUAUUCGCCGUCCCAUGAUUGA